GUGAAAAAAAGUUGUAAACAUAUAUAUAUACAGGACACGACAAGACGAGGACAAAAGACGUCUGAACUGCUAUGCCAUCUCGGGACGAGAUUAUUAACAUGCAUGGGGCUCAUUCAAAAGUUCCAUAAGCAAAGGCUGUGCUCAGGUAUUUCAGAAGACUAUUGGAUUUUGGCAUGUGGCCUCCUGGUUCGGAUAUCAAACUGUGUGGCUUGUGGCUUGGUCUUGUGGCUCCCUGUUUAACCACCUGAGACAGUCAGACAGAUUUCGCCUACUGUAAGCAAGGGGAAUACUGACACCUAGUGAAGGUAAAAUAGAACUAGAGGGAUAUUUUACAGUUCUCCAUUACCUUGUACAGUAAGUAUAUCAAUAACGUGGGUGUUACACUGUUUUUAACGCAGAAUGUCAACAGUGAGACAUAGGUUGACUGAAAUUAAAGCUCCUUAACCCGAUGUUUAUUUAUCUUGCCCUGUCACCCUACCUCAUCUCUCAGAUCCAAAGGCCCAUGAGUGAUCCAAUGACAUUAUUUAUACUUAGGAUUUAUAAAUAGGAUGACACAACCGUAUGAAUGAAACAGCAUAGCAACGGAGUGUGUACUGAUCAGAUCACCCACACAGCGGUAAACAGACAGAUAAAUGUAAUGUUAUUGUAAGCAGUAUUGACUCCUCAACUGUUGGGUGUGGUCACUAAGCGAACAUAAUACCACUACAGGUGAGGUGACAGUUGCCUCUGACAUCAUCCCCAAGUGAGGAAACACAGGUAACUAACAGUAACACACCUUUGGGAAAAGGUGAUGCUACAGUAUUCUCAGUUGGAUGACGACACCUAUCUACCUGGUUUGGAUAAACAGGUAGGUUGUUAGGCAUUAUUGAAUUCUGUCAGGAUCUGCCCUUAGCUUGGCUCCCCAACACAGCAUCAUGGAAGGAUAGCAACACGUUGUCAUCUGACUAUAAAAACUUGGCAGAUGAGUGAUUGCCUUUAGGGGCAGAGUUUCCUGAACAAAUCCGUCAAUGAAAGUAAUCAGCAGAUGUCAUCUACUGUAUGUACCUGUAUGUGCUCUAUCACUGUCUUUACAUCAUAGAAAUUAGUCAACCAACAGACAGCAAUGACGGCUUUCUAAUAAUUUAUCUUGCUCUAAAUUAAUGAAUUAAUGAGUGAACGAACAACUCGUAAAUCGUCACAUAAAAUGAAAUGUUAUUUGCCACUUGCGCCGAAUAAAAAAGGUGUAGACUUUACCGUGAAAUGCUUGCUUACGAAAAAAUAAUAAUAAAAUAAAAAAUAUAGUAACACAAGGGGAAUAAAAUGCACAAGAAUGGAGCCAUUUACAGGGAGAACCAGUACCAAAUCAAUGUGCAGGGGCACGAGGUAUGAGGUAGAUACACUAGAUGAACAAAAGUAUGUGGACACCUGCUUGUCGAAAAAAAUGGGCAUUAAUAUGGUGUUGCCACUGCCCCUUUGCUGCUAUAACAGCCUCCAGUCCUCUGGGAAGGCUUUCCACUAGUCUUUGGAAAGUUGCUGUGGAGACUUCCUUCCAUUCAGCCACAAGGGCAUUACUGAGGUCGGGCACUAACAUUGGGCGAUUAGGCCUGGCUCUCAAACGGCAUUACAAUUCAUCAAAAAGGCGUUCGAUGGGGUUGAGGUCAGGGGUCUGUGCAGGAAAGUCAAGUUCUUCCACACUGAUCUCUACAAACCAUUUAUGUAUGGGCCUCGCUUUGUGCAAUGGGGCAUUGUCAUGAUGAACAGGAAAGGGCCUUCCCCAAACUGUUGCCACAAAGUUGAAAGCCUAGAAUAUCAUUGUUGCUGUAAGGUUAAGAUCUUCCCUUCACUGGAACUAAAAGGCCUAACCCAAAUGAUAAAAAAGCCCCAGACCAUUAUGCCUCCUCCACCAAACUUUACAGUUGGCAAUAUGCAUCUAGGCAGGUAGCGUUCUCCUGGCAUCCGCCAAACCCAGAUUAGUCCGUCUGACUGUCAGAUCGUGAAGCGUGAUUCUUUACUCCAGAGAAGGCGUUUCCACUGCUCCAGAGUCCAAUGGCGGCAAGCUUUACACCACUCAGCUGACGCUUAGCAUUGUGCAUGGUGAUCUUAGGCUUGUGUGCGGCUGUUCGGCCAUGGAAACCUAUUUCAUAAAGCUCCCGACAAACAGUUAUUGUGCUGACAUUGCUUCCAGAGGCAGUUUGGAACUCGGUAGUAAGUGUAUCAAACGAAGACAGGCGAUUUUUACGCGCUUCAGCACUCUGCGAUCGCGUUCUGUGAGAGUAUGUGGCCUACCACUUUGUGGCUGAAAUUUGACAAACUGACUUGUUGGAAAGGUGGCAUCCUAUGACAAUGCCACAUUGAAAGUCACUGAGUUCUUCAGUACGGGCCAUUCUACUGCCAAUGUUUGUCUAUGAGUGAGAGUGUCAGUGUAGUGUGUGUGAGUGAGUUUCUAUAUACUGUGUAUGUAUAUAGGAGUGUGAGUGUGCAUAGAGUAGGUGGGAAAUAGACCCAGUGCAGAUAGUCCGGGUAACCAUUUAAUUUAUUUAGCAGUCUUAUGGCUUGGGGGUAGAAGCUGUCUCGUAGCCAGUUGGUCAAAGAGCUGAUGUUUCAUAAAUAUAUGGUUCUUACAGCCGUCUAACCUGCUGUUUUGUUGAUUUUGACUAAUAUAUCCCCAUGGUCAUCUAGUUUAGUGGUGAUAAGAAUAAGAAUGCCUUAGUAUAUUGAAUCCUGAGCAGUGAUUGGCCCAUUGCCAGGAAGGAGAGAACAGUGAUUCACCCGUAGCCAGGAAGGAGUGAGGAUGGGAUUUCCUGUUGGCUCCUUUGUAGUGUCAGACAGAUACAGGGCCCAGUGUGCCUCGGGUGUCAGUCCUGCAGUGUCUACAGUACCCCACCUGCUAUAAGACCAAGGCCAGACAGUAGCCUGCACUAUAGGCCAGACAGUACUCUCAGUACCCUCCACUGAUUAAAAGAGAUUAGAGAAGAGAUGGCACUGACAUUGACUGAGAAUAUCAUUUUGUAGGUCUAUUGAGGCUGUUUUUUAAUCAGGGAUCCAUUUAUGUGGGCUUAGGAAGUAAUAAGGGUCCUUUGUUUCUGAAAUUAGUUUUUUCAUGUGGUUUUUAUGAUUAAAAAAUAGGCUAAAGGCACAGAUACUUUACAUCCUGUGGAUUGACUAUCAGAGGAUGUCUCGUUCUGAUAUGUUUAUGAGUGUCAGAUGCCUGUGCUGUCGGUGGCCUUAAUUAAAGAUGGAUGCUGCAAUGUUAGGGAUUUUUUGGUCAGUUUUCCAAAAUGAUUAACUGGUCUGUCUCCAUCCCUUCUCUCAUUCUAUGUUCUAGGAUGCUCUUUGAUCUCUCCUCUGGUUGUUUGUCUCUUUACGAUGUCAGUCACAACCAUCCCUCUCUCUCUCACUCUGAUGACAUCCCUCUUUUGAAGAAGGGGACAUUUUUGAAGCCACUGCUACUCCUUGAUAAGAAGUUGAAAUUCCACUGCAACAAGAAAAGGUCCUAAAACACAAAAAGUUACAUUUUCUCUCUGCCAUCAACACUCUCUCACACCUGAGCUAAGCCCACAUCACAACACAAAUCACCACUCUCCUCAAGACUUCAAAGUCCAUUUUGAAGUCAAAGACCACGGCCAGGUGAGAAAGGAAUCAACUCAUUAUUCAUCUUUUGAAACCAUUUAGUUUAAACCCAUGUAAUUUUGUGCCCCAAAGACAAACUACAAAGCCAUGAUCAAAUUAACUAUAAAGAGAGUUUGAUGUCACAGGUUCAUCUGUUGUGUUCUGCUGCCAGCCAGCCUCUCUUAAACCUCAAAGGCUGCCCGGCCUGUCGUAGGUGUAGACCAUGUCACACUGCCUCUGCCCACUUCCUCCUCGCUCCGAUAGCCAUCGACACACAGAGCCUGCGGGCCUAGUUAGUGCUCCUUUCUGUAUUUAAUUAAGAGUGCUGACAGGUCAGGAGCGUGAACGUCCUCAUGCGCCUCCUCCUGCCAUCCUCCUCCUCUCAGCUGCCCGAGACGCGGGUGGCUGCGUGUCAAAGUCCACUUUGUUCACCCACCAUAUUGGAUCUGCCAUGAAGCAUCCUGAGCCAAUGCCUGUCCCUACUGACCUGAGAAAUUGUCUAUGGAAUAAAGUCAAUGAAGACCAAGUCCUGCAAUGACUGUUGCUUGUGCCUACCUGUGUCUCUCUGUCUGUCUGCCUGCCAUGGAAAGAACUGGAGCAAAGAAAAGGUCAAGUUGUGCUAUUAAUACUGUACUGUUAUUUUGAACGAGAUGCUAUCUCUGAUCGACGACUCCCACCUAACUGUCUGAACGCAACUGCACUUGUUGAUGUACCACUCAGACAAUAACGAACACCCAGCGCCUUAGGCUAUACUCCACUCUGUCAGGCCGUCUCUAACCCACAGGCCUCUACCCCCCACAUCAACCAUGACCCAAUUACAUUGGGUACAAAACAUGUAUCAUAUUAACAAACAUGCACAAGUUUGAGGUACCCAGGCUCCAUUGAUAUUGAGUCUGUUCAAUGUCUUGCUUCUUCUGCAAACCAGCAGACAGUGGCCACUGGCCUUUGUAGCUCUGUGUUGCCAGAGAGAGAUAAAGAGGGCACUGCGUUAUCAAACUGUACACACAGAGCAUGGGCAGGGGGUUUCUCUCUAGGAGAGGGUGGAGUUAGUUAGCCUGAUUAUAAUGUUCCCAUGAAAACAGAAAUGCAGCUUGAAACUAUAAUGAUUCACUAAGCCUGGCCAUUUCCAUUUCUGUGGAAAGAGAUGGUGCUUUCUAUAUAGGCUCCCCUGCAGGGGGUUACAAAAGUGGUUAGUUGGGCGGCAGGUCAUUUAGUGGUUAGAGUGUUGGGCCAAUAACCAAAAAGUUGUUGGAUUAGCAAUGCACACUGGUUAGCAGUGCACACUAACCAAAGUUGCCAGGCGCACGGUGUUUCCUCCGACACAUUGGUGCGGCUGGCUUCCGUGUUGGAUGCGCGCUGUGAUAAGAAGCAGUGUGGCUUUGGUUGGGUUGUGUAUCGGAGGAUGCAUGACUUUCAACCUUCGUCUCUCCCGAACCCGUACAGGAGUUGUAGCGAUGAGACAAGAUAGUAGCUACUAAACAAUUGAAUACCACAAAAAAGGGGUAAAAAAUAGAAAAUAAAAUAUAUAUGCAUUUUAGAAGACAACAUUUUAACCCAAGCAAAUGACAGUUUGACAUAAUAAAGGACUUUUACAGGACUUUUACCAGAGAUUCAUAUUGGACAACUGUUUAAUCCCCUACCCAGUGUGGGGUCAUCAGGUCUACCCACAUACAGCCGUUUGAGUCCUGGGAAAACCCCCUCUACUAGAACAAGUUGGCUUUGUGAGAUAUACUGUAGCUUGACAGGUGAACAAGCCUGACUUUUCAGUUAGGGCUUAAAAAAAAAAAAUGAUGUUGUAGUAUUCAUCAUCAUAAGUUGUUGCCCUCCUCUUUCUCUUACCGAUCUCAUCUUCUUCCUCAUCAUCAACACCAUCAUCUCCACCAUCACCAAAACAAUUCCCAAAAACACAUCCCCCUGCAUCAGUACGAUGGGAAAGGUAGGUUCACUCUAAUCUGGAAUAAUGAUGCAAAUGAUUUUUUUUUAAACGUCCAGCCAAUAAUUUGCAUUUACACAAAGCAAAAAGACUGCCUCAGAGGCACUUCAAUGACUGGGUUAUCACAUCUGAACUUCUAUAGGACUGGCACAGAGUUAGAUUGUAAGGGGUUGAAGUUUGGUAUCAUGAACACUGUUCACUUCAACUCCUGGAUACAUUAAGAGAAUACCCUUUAAGAUCCUUGUGUGGAUAACUAGGCCUACAAGAUGGAAGCAGGUGCGCUCAUGGAGGAAUACUCCAAAAGAGUGUACCAGGGUGUCAGGGUCAAACACACUGUCAAAGACCUUCUGGCAGAGAAGAGGCAGAGACAGACAAGUGUUCCCAGGUUCAACCAGGCUGGGACAAGUAAUUCCCAGGCGGCCUUUGUGCAGAUGCCAGGAUCCCAUAUGCUUCCUGGUUACUAUAGCAUGAGGAGGCCCCCCUACCUGACUGACUCAGACUUCAGCCCGUCCACUAAACAGUACUCCUCAGAUCCCUACAGCUCAGCCCUGGGGGGAAAGGCCCUCUCCUUCGACCACACCUCCACUUACCCUGCCUAUAUUGACAGCUACUAUACACCCGAGUCAUUUGGGGACUACCGUGGUGCCACAGCCUUCUCUACCAGCGGAGGAUCCCUCUUCCCCACCUCGUCUCUACCUCAUCUGCUACCACCUCUCCCUGGGGAAUCAUCAAAUCUCCUCCUGAGAGACUCUUGGGAGCAGUCUGACGGACACUCAGUGAGCCAGGAUGAGGUCCCAGUGCCCAUCACAGCCACCUCUGGCCUGGCUUCACCUGACACUGACAGCCCCUCCCUCUAUCGGCUGAUACCUGGCCGUAGUGGAGGAUCCACCCUGUCCGGCUCCCAGCCCUACUCUCUACACCCCCUGGAAGAGGUGCACUACCCUGGUGCCUCGUACAGCCCCUCAUCCAGCUACCCCUCCAGUUACACAUAUUUGACAUCCCCGGGGGAGACUUCAGGGGUCAAGGUAUCACCUGUGCCCUCAGAGGACCCUGGCAGUGUAGCCGUCACCCUCAGUGAUGCCUCGUGGGCCAAGGAUGACGGGACUGGCUCUUGGUUGCCAUAUGAACCCAGGAAGGCCUAUUGAUACGCAUGGACACUGAAUGAGACACAAACUGACAUGUUGUUGUGGACAUUAAUGGAUAGCUACAGUACAGUUCAUUUCAGAGUCACUACCACAGAGAAUGUGGCUGAAUGUGGAUGUGGGUUUGUUAUACAAUAUAAUUAUAUACUUUGUAUUCCGUUUGACCUGUAUAUAAACAUUUAAUUGUGCAAAUGAUAAAAUACAGAUAUAAAUCUUUGAUUGGGA